AUCAGGCCUAAACGCCUGCCCGAGUCUUCAGCCUGAACUGCCCGCGCGCGUCCAGCUCUCGCCGCGCAUGUAGCUCCGCAGUGCGUACUCAGUCACCGCAUGCACGCCCAGUCUUCACGGCGCUCACGCGUCCGCUUAGGCCGCUCGCCCACUCGCGCAUGUGCUGCUAUGGCCGUUGGCCAUCUGUUGUACACUAUAUAUGUACUCAUACAUGAUCAAUGAACGUUGUCCAGUUGACUCCAAUCCCUUCGCUUCCUCUUCCGCACCCAUGACUCCAACGAUGGCUCUGACAUCGUACCCGCUGUCGCGUCGCAGAUCCAGACCCUCUCCAUUCGCCACCAUGUCCCGGUCAUCCUCGAUCUCGACGAGGGCAACUUCGGCCAGUGGCGCCACUUCUUCGACUCUACUCUCGGCAAAUUCGGCCUCAAGGGCCAUGUUCGCUCGAUGACUCCCGACGACGAGCGCGACGGCGAGUGGCGCAUGGUGGACUCCUGCGUCGUCAACUGGAUCCUCGCCACCGUCUCCAAGGGCAUCUUCGACAUUGUCUGUCGCGAUCGCCACGACGCCUUCACCCUCUGGCACGCCGUCGAAGGUCUCUUCCAGGACAAUGAAAUGCAGCGCGCCGUCUAUCUCGAGGCCGAGCUGCGUUCAACGGUGCAGGGUGACCUGUCCAUGAACGACUACUGCACCAAGCUCAAGCGGAUCGCCGACCAGCUGCGCGACAUCGGCCACCCCGUCUCCGAGCCGAGCCAAGUGCUCAACCUUCUUUGCGGACUCAACCCCAAGUUCCGCUACGUCAAGCCGGUGAUCACAUCAAAGUCGCCGCCGCACACCUUCCAGAGCGCUCGCUCCUUCCUCAUUCUGGAGGAACUCAGCGUCGAUCACGACGCCACCGUUGAGGCGGGUCAGGCCCUAACUGCGUCCCACGGUGCCACCAACGGUGGUUCCUCGUCCAACGCCUCUGGCCCCAAGGACACCUCCUCCGGCCAUCCUGCCCCGCGCUCCAACAACAAUCGAUCCAGCAACGGCAACGGCUACAACAGCGGUGGGAACCGCAACAACCGCAACGAUCGCCGUCGCGGGAACGGCGGCGGCCGGAACAACGGCGGUGGGGGCGCCCGGUCCAACAACAACGGCAAUGCCUCCAACGCGAACGUCGUGCCAUGGACCGCCGGCUACAACCCAUGGCAAGGAAUGGUGCAGGCAUGGCCCAUGCCUUUCCGUGCCCCCGGCGCUGGCGUUCUGGGUCCUCGGCCGCCGUUCCAGCCGCAGCAAGCUAUGGCGGCCGUCUCCAACAACAAUGUCUUCGACCCCAGCGCCCUCUACGCAGCACUCCAGUCAUCCAACGCACCACAGCCACCGCCGAACACCUCCGAUUGGUACUUCGACACCGGGGCAACGUCUCACAUGUCUUCUUCACCUGGAUCUUCAUACCAGGGCGGAGAUGCUCCGAUGUGAUAGCAGCGGUGAUCUCUAUCCCCUCCGACUCCCACAACAUCAAGCCCUCCACAGUUCAUUAGCAACAUCCCUGUGGCAUCAGCGGCUUGGGCAUCCAGGGCUUCCAACUACUGCUCAAGUUCUACAAAAUUAUUCUUUCAGUUGUAAUAAAGCUGAUGCUCACUCAUGUUCUUCUUGCCGGCUGGGUAAACACUCUCGCCUGCCAUUUCAUGAUUCCACUUCACAGACAUAUUUUCCCUUUCAGUUAGUUCAUUCAGAUGUGUGGACAUCUCCUGUAUACAGUUAUUCAGGCUACAAAUAUUAUGUUGUUUUUCUUGAUGAUUACACACAUUACCUUUGGACUAUUCCCCUGCGUCAUAAAUCUGAUGUUCUACCCACCAUUCGAUCUUUUAUCGCCUACGUUCGCACUCAGUUUCGCUUACCAAUUCUAGCUCUUCAGACCGACAAUGGUCGUGAGUACGAUAACACUGCAAUGCGUUUUCUACUCUCUUCACUCGGCACUCAGUUUCGUCUCUUGUGCCCCCACACGUCUCAGCAAAACGGGAAAGCUGAACGUGUUCUUCGCACCAUUAACGAUUGUGUUCGUACUCUACUAAUCCAUAGUGCAGCUCCCCUGGCAUUCUGGGCUGAGGCGCUCGCCACGGCGACACACUUGAUCAAUCGGCGACCGUGUCGCGCCACGGGUUCCACAACACCGUUCCAGUUGCUCUUCGGCACGGUGCCAUCCUACAGCGAGCUACGCGUCUUCGGUUACCGGUGCUUCCCCAACAUGAUCGCCACGGCAAGUCACAAACUCGCCGCGCGGUCGAUCGCCUGCGUCUUCAUCGGUUACCCGGCUGACCACCGUGGUUACCGUUGCUACGACCCCGAAUCAAGACGCGUCAUCACCUCCAGGCAUGUCGUGUUCGAUGAAGACGUGUUCCCCUUCCGCGACGCCACCAAACCUGCUACAGCGAACCACGACGUCGACAACGACCCACCGGCGCCACCAACUAGGGACGGACGCAACGUGCGUCGCGCCGCGCCACGCCGUUCACCGUCUCCACCCUCGCCGCCGAGAUCAGUCGCGCCGCCUUCGUCACGACGCCUUCAACACGUCGUCCACGACACAUCGCCAUCGACUCCAUCUACUACCAACCCUGUUGUCUCGGACAACUCAACGACCGCGUCCUCCGGUUCGUCAUCUCCAGCAAUGUCGCCAUCGUCGCCUACCACUACAUCAGCCGUUCAUCCUCCACGACACCCGAUGGUCACUCGUGCUCGUGAUGGGAUCUACAAGCCGAACCCCAAGUACGCCAUGGCGGUCAAUGAGGAGAUCUCACCGAUCCCACGGAGCGUCCGUUCCGCCGUCAAAGAUCCCCAUUGGUACGGCGCCAUGAAAAAGGAAUACGACGCGCUGCAGGCCAACAAGACGUGGACGCUCGUUCCGCGACCACCUGGUGCCCGAAUCAUCACCGGGAAAUGGGUCUUCAAACACAAGAUGAAUCCCGAUGGCACACUCGAGCGAUACAAAGCUCGGUGGGUCGUCCGUGGCUUCAAUCAACGACCCGGGAUCGAUUUUGGCGAGACGUUCUCACCGGUCGUCAAACCGGCCACGAUCCGCACCGUUCUGACGCUUGUGGCGAAUCACAAUUGGUCGGCGCAUCAACUUGAUGUCUCGAACGCCUUUCUUCAUGGCAAUCUGCAGGAACAGGUGUAUAGCCAACAGCCCACCGGAUUCGUGGAUGCUCGACGGCCCGAUGAUGUCUGUCUCCUCUCACGCUCCCUCUAGGGCUUCGGCAAGCACCGCGUGCGUGGUUUGAUCGAUUCGUCGGUCACGUCACCAGCCUCGGCUUCAUUCAAUCCAAGGCGGAAACAUCCCUAUUCGUCUACCGCAAGAACGGCGCCACGGCAUACCUCCUCCUCUACGUCGACGACAUGAUCUUGUCGGCUUCCACUACUUCGCUACUUCAGCAUGUCAUCCAGCGUCUCCACGAUGCCUUCGCCGUCAAGGACAUGGGACCCGUGCGGCACUUCCUCGGGAUCCACGUACACCGUACACGGGACGGCUUCUUCCUCUCGCAAGCCUCGUACGUCGAAGACCUGCUUGAACGUGCUGGCAUGGAAAAUUGCAAACCUGUCGACACGCCAGCAGAUGCCAAGCCAAAAACAUCAGCUAGCGACGGCAAGCCGAUCGACGACAUCACUGCCUACCGCAGCAUCGCAGGAGCACUCCAGUACCUGACGAUCACCCGCCCCGACAUCGCCUACGCUGUCCAGCAAGUCUGCCUCCAUAUGCACGCGCCCUGUGACGUCCAUCAGACGAUGCUGAAACGCAUCCUCAGGUACAUCAAGGGCACGCCGACGCUCGGAGUCCAGCUCGGCACUGCAGCAACACCAACGAUCACGGCGUACUCCGACGCCGACUGGGCGGGAUGCCCGGACACACGGCGUUCAACGUCCGGGUUCUGCAUCUUCUUCGGCAACUCGCUCGUUUCGUGGUCCUCGAAGCGACAAACUACAGUGUCACGCUCAAGUGCGGAAGCUGAGUACCGCGCCGUCGCUAACGCGGUCUCGGAGUGCUCUUGGCUACGACACCUGCUCGGUGAACUACGGUGUUCGGUCUCCUCGGCGACGGUGGCCUACUGCGACAACAUCUCUUCCGUCUACAUGUCGCACAACCCCGUCCAUCACCGACGAACCAAGCAUAUCGAGCUCGACAUACAUUUUGUCCGAGAGAAGGUCGCCAUUGGAGAGCUCCGCGUCACUCACAUUCCAAGUGCGCGGCAGAUCGCCGACGUUUUCAACAAGGGGCUACCGUCGGCACUGUUCUUCGACUUUCAGGACAGCCUCUCCAUCAUUCAAGCACCGAACGUCGAGACUGCGGGGGGUGUCAGCGGAUCAGGCCUAAACGCCUGCCCGAGUCUUCAGCCUGAACUGCCCGCGCGCGUCCAGCUCUCGCCGCGCAUGUAGCUCCGCAGUGCGUACUCAGUCACCGCAUGCACGCCCAGUCUUCACGGCGCUCACGCGUCCGCUUAGGCCGCUCGCCCACUCGCGCAUGCGCUGCUAUGGCCGUUGGCCAUCUGUUGUACACUAUAUAUGUACUCAUACAUGAUCAAUGAACGUUGUCCAGUUGAUCAA